AUGGUAGAAACCCUAAGCCCCCCAAAUACCCUCAACCACAAUGCACAAGCAGCAGCAGACACCCCCACCAGCAGAAAAUGCAUCAGCCCCUCCACCAAGCACACAAGUGUGCAGCAUCGACACCCCCACCAGCAGGAAAUGCAUCAGCCCCCUCCGCCGAGCACAGGUGUGCAGCAUCGACACCCCCACCAGCAGGAAAUGCAUCAGCCCCCUCCGCCGAGCACAGGUGUGCAGCAUCGACACCCCCACCAGCAGGAAAUGCAUCAGCCCCCUCCGCCGAGCACAGGUGUGCAGCAUCGACACCCCCACCAGCAGGAAAUGCAUCAGCCCCCUCCGCCAAGCACAAGUGUGCAGCAUCGACACCCCCACCCGCAGAAAAUGCAUCAGCCCCCUCCGCCGAGCACACAAGCGUGCAGCAUCGACACCCCCACCCGCAGAAAAUGCAUCAGCCCCCUCCGCCGAGCACACGUGUGCAGCAUCGACACCCCCACCAGCAGGAAAUGCAUCAGCCCCCUCCGCCGAGCACACGUGUGCAGCAUCGACACCCCCACCCGCAGAAAAUGCAUCAGCCCCCUCAGCCAAGCACACGUGUGCAGCAUCGACACCCCCACCCGCAGAAAAUGCAUCAGCCCCCUCCGCCGAGCACACAAGCGUGCAGCAUCGACACUCCCACCCGCAGAAAAUGCAUCAGCCCCCUCCGCCGAGCACACGUCUGCAGCAUCGACACCCCCACCCGCAGAAAAUGCAUCAGCCCCCUCCGCCGAGCACACGUUUGCAGCAUCGACACCCCCACCAGCAGGAAAUGCAUCAGCCCCCUCCGCCGAGCACACGUUUGCAGCAUCGACACCCCCACCAGCAGGAAAUGCAUCAGCCCCCUCCGCCGAGCACACGUUUGCAGCAUCGACACCCCCACCAGCAGGAAAUGCAUCAGCCCCCUCCGCCAGGCACAAGUGUGCAGCAUCGACACCCCCACCAGCAGGAAAUGCAUCAGCCCCCUCCGCCGAGCACACGUGUGCAGCAUCGACACCCCCACCAGCAGGAAAUGCAUCAGCCCCCUCCGCCGAGCACAGGUGUGCAGCAUCGACACCCCCACCCGCAGAAAAUGCAUCAGCCCCCUCCGCCGAGCACACAAGCGUGCAGCAAAACAUCAGCAGACACAGACUUGCAACACCCCAAAAAUUACUCAUUCACUCAACAAUUCGAUGCACAACAGCCUCUUCCUCUCCCUAG